UGAAAGUACGUUACGUUGUAUCAGUUACGAUGUACAAAAUGGCACUAUUACUAAGACUUUAUGUCUGCUUUUAAAAAGAUAUGGAUGUUUAGAUGCUCAAGGCCUGCUAUUUAUCUUCAAGCAGAAUCAUCGUAAGAAACUUCGAAGAGAACAGAGAAAGGAAUUCACAUUACGCCCUUUGAAAAGCUAUCCGAUCACUGCAAUCAACUGAGAUGAUACCAGUUGCAAGUGAACGCCAUGAUACCUAGUAUUGUAUCAGUGCAUAGAGAAACCGACUAUGGUUACAUGCGAUGGUGUCCGAGAUCUUGUAACCGACCUUGUAAAUUCGCAGGUCUCAUCUCAGCGGCAGUUAUACUAUCCCUUGUAGUGGCAGGCUAUUUUCUUGCUCAAAGCAAGUCUGCUGAUGGAUCCAAUGAACACCCAGUUUAUCGGGUCCUUGGUCCGUGCUUGGCUGCUAUAGGAGCUCUGGUAAUCAUGAUAGCUUGUGGUCCUUUCAUUGUGUGGGCAUACAAGUUCUGCAAGGACGACGCUUCCCCUGAAAGGCCAAGGAGGAUAAGAGUUAACAGAUCUUCCCAGACAGGCGCUGUCAAUGCUAUGCACGCAAUAAUUGAAUCCCUUGACGCAGAGCAUCCAGACAAUUCAGCGAUGGAAUUGGACCGUCUAAACCCUGAACAACAACGUACCGACAGCGCCUUACUUUAUCCACCGAGCUAUAGCGACGAACCUCCCCCGGGAUACAGUGAGCUCGAAGACGAGAUACUCAGUGAUACUGACGAACAUAGAACUGGUAAGCAGUUCGGAUCAGAAUCUAAUAGUUCGGGUACACACUCUAGUGAACAUCCACCAACUUAUAAUGAAGCAACCUUUACAUCAUCGGAGCCUUUGAGACAAACUAACAUUUAGUUCGCUGAUUGGGAAGUUUAUAAGAGAAUUCAUCAAAACGGAUCUUUAACUCUAACUUUGCGUGUCUAAGGGCAUAGUAUGGAUAGUACCAAUAUAAUUACUGACAUUUAAACAAGCCGGGUGUCACAAAGAUUAACACGGCUUUUUGCUCUGGGGAAAUAGAUGUGACAUUUUGCAGGUUUUAAUGAAAACAAAUUAUUUUGUUAAGUCGGUGGUAAUGGAUAAUUCCAGAAAAUCUAGAUCUGGUAUGGUGACAUUGAAAUUUAGUAUGUGAUUAAGUUUGGGGACUUUUCGUUGACAAUUAGCAAUUACAAAUCAAUUAU